UGACUUUGAACUUGGAUCAGCUCCUGCGUGUCCCGCGGUGCGGAGAGAAAUUGGAAGAAUGGCAGAGAACGCUCCGGCUGCUCCCGCUUUGGGGCUGAGAGAGGGACAGGAUUCCCAAAGUUUUCAGACGUCCUACUCCCAGUCCCAUUAUUGACCGCUUUUUUAGAGUAUUUGGGAGCCGAGAAGGACAAGAGAAAAUACGAUGUGUCUUGGAGCAGGAGGACUUGUGGGACUUGAAUUCAAUGGAAGUUAGGAGGCAAUUAUUAGUGGAAAAUGGCGAUCAGCUAUUAGUCGCUAAAGCGGUACCUGCUAUUGGAGGGGCACCUGGGAUUGAUGAGACGCAGUAGCCAAUGAGACUGCGUGGAAUGAAUGGCCGGGCUUCAGUUAAAGGGGGCGUAAGAAGAGCUAGUGCCAGUCCACGGAGAAAGAGGGACCCUCCGCAAUAAACACAGGCAAGCGAAAGAAAUAAACACACAAAUCGGAACAACAAUCCGAGAUGCUGCCAAACCCCGCUCUCUCUUCGUGUGUGUUUAAAAGCAAUCAACAUUCACAGUUUCCAGAGGAAAAACGCAAAGGAAUCUCUUUACUUCCUUUGAUGGGGAUUUUUUUGGUUGUUGUUAAAAGUUAACUACCAGUGAAUAUAGACGUGUUCGGUAAGACGAGCUGUAUAGGUUUUUUUUCUUCCUAUGAGUGGAUCAUCGCUUUGAGCUUCGCCUGAUAUGGUGGUUCCAUGCAUGGAAGUUGUAAUUUCGAUAACUGAAUAGACAAUUGAAUUGUAUUUUUUCUACUUUUUUUGUUAUACACACAAGCUGAUUCGAACGAAAUUCGCUUUGAGAGACCAUGUUACUGGACGCAGGUCACCAGUUCCCCGGACUGGGAGUUGGCACGUUUGCCAGGCAUCACACAGCGAGCGAGAUGCAGGAGAGAGACUUGAGUUUAGCACAAAAUAGCUUCGUCGACUCGGCACACAUGGGUGCAUUUAAACUGAACCAUGAUCUUUCUCCAGGACAGAGCUCUGCCUUCACCUCCCAGGCGCCCGGUUACCCCGCGGGGGCUUUGGGGGCUCAUGCAGCCCAUGUCACCUCGUACGCGAGUUCCCCGUUCAACACCACCAGGGACUUUCUCUUUCGCAGCCGAGGCUUCGGGGAAUCAUCUCCGGCGAGCAGCCAACACGCUAUUUUCGGCCCCACGGCGGGGUCUCUUCAUCAUACCCACACAGACAGCCAAGGCCACAUUCUGUUCCCCGGGAUUCACGACCAGCAUGGGUCCCACGGAUCCCCGAAUGUGCUCAAUGGGCAAAUGCGCCUUGGACUACCGGGCGAGGUUUUUGGGCGUUCCGACCAGUACCACCAGGUCUCCAGCCCAAGGACCGACCCUUACUCGGCCGCCCAGCUCCAUAACCAGUACAGCAGCAUGAAUAUGAACAUGGGGAUGAACAUGGGAGCUCACCAUCACCACCACCACCCCGGUGCCUUCUUUCGCUACAUGCGGCAGCAGUGCAUCAAGCAGGAGCUCAUCUGUAAAUGGAUCGACCCAGAGCAGCUGAGCAACCCUAAGAAGAGUUGCAACAAAACUUUCAGCACCAUGCACGAGCUGGUCACGCACGUAUCCGUGGAGCAUGUCGGGGGACCGGAGCAGAGCAACCACAUUUGCUUUUGGGAAGAGUGCCCCCGCGAGAGCAAACCGUUUAAGGCGAAAUACAAAUUGGUGAAUCACAUUCGGGUCCACACGGGUGAGAAACCCUUCCCCUGCCCCUUCCCUGGAUGUGGCAAGGUCUUCGCAAGGUCGGAAAAUUUGAAGAUUCACAAGCGUACACAUACAGGAGAGAAACCAUUCCAGUGUGAGUUUGAAGGCUGUGACAGGCGGUUUGCCAACAGCAGUGACCGAAAGAAGCACAUGCAUGUCCACACGUCUGACAAACCAUAUCUUUGCAAAAUGUGUGACAAGUCCUACACACAUCCCAGCUCUCUGCGAAAACACAUGAAGGUCCACGAAGCGGCCCCCCCUCCAGCGUCCGACUCCUCGCCUGCAGCCAGUUCUGGGUACGAGUCAUCCACACCGCCCGGCUUAAUCUCCCCCACCACCGAGACCCAAAGCAACAACAAUCUUUCACCCGCGUCCGCAGUCCACAACAACAACGGUCACAGCAGCCUAUCGUCUAAUUUCAGUGAAUGGUAUGUUUAGGACCGAACCGAACAACGAAUAACAGAACCAUUGCUCAGAACCCCAACCAGCGCAGGAGAUUCGGACACUCAUGCACGGGGGAGAGCAUGAAUACUAUGAACGCUUCAAAAGCAUAUGAAUAGAUUUAACACCACCAGGGAAGAGAACUCACUUACCAACAGAAGAAAAUAUGUAAUAUGUUCAAGGAGCAUUCAAUAUAUUUGUAAAUAAUUAUUACACUCACUCUUUCCCAUUGGUUGUGAUAGAUUUUUGUCGUUCUGUGGUGUAUAGAUGUUCCUUCAAUGGUAGCUAUUUCUCUAACUGGACUUUUAGUGCACAUUUUACGAUUCAAGUUGUAUUAUGAUGUUAUAUUGUGAUCCUAAGGCAAAUUGAUUGUAACUAUACUAAACAUCUAUAAACUGGAAAGAGUGCCAAAGUUAACACUUAACUCAAACAGUCCACCAUAUUUUGCUUGUGAAUGUUGGCUUAUAUUUUAGUUUGCUGGGCUUAACUUGUGAUGUUUUGUGCUUUGCAAGUUUUAAUUGUGAAAUGCUAUCUGGAAGAUUAGACGUUGUACCGUUGGAUUUUCUGUAAUUUACAUCCUUCCUUUUGUAAAUAUGCCAUAUUUAUCCGUUUGUAAUUAAAUUAUGGUAUUUACUACAAAUUAAACAAUAUUUAUAAAGAAUGUUUCUUUACUAUAAAUAUGUACAAUUAUGAGCUAAACAGGGGCAGUUGUUUUGUUAUGUGCUUUUGUUCAAAGUUAAAGAGGUGUUUUCUUCAUUAUUGUGAUAAGAAUUUUACUGCAUACAAAUAUAAUAAAAGUGUUGCAAGUGUUAAAAAAA